CCAAGCAAAAAACUGUUAACUGAUUGGUAUAUUUUGAAAACCUCUUACACUUAGCUCUAUUUGGUAACCAAUAACUCUCUCUGCUAAACUAAACCCAGUCCCAGUUUCUGUCUGAAAAAUCCUCUGUUUCAGGAAGAUGUCUGAGGGAGAGAUACCAGCGAAUGGUUGCCAGGAGGACAGAGAACCUUCUGAUUCUUUGCUGGAAAAGGUUGACCCUGGAAGUCCUGCUUCACUGACCUGGCAGCGAAAGUUAAAUAGUGAGGAUAUUGCCCUGUCACAGUUCAAUUUAAGUUUUCAAGAGAAAUUUCAAUUGGCUCCUGUAGGUAUUCGGUUGUGGCGUCUUAUCCGAGAAGAAACUGCCAAGGGAAGGGCAGGCAUUAUCAAUCCAUUUCUUAAGCGGUUUAUAACAUCUUGUCAUGGCAUUCCGCUUGGUGGCAUUGGCUCUGGAAGCAUUGGAAGAAGUUACAAAGGUGAAUUUCAGCGUUGGCAACUAUUUCCUAGAAUAUGUGAAGAAAAACCUGUUUUAGCAAAUCAAUUUUCUGUCUUUGUUUCACGCUCAAGUGGUGAGAAGUACUCCAGUGUACUGUGCCCAAGGAAUCCAGAGGUGCUAAUGGAACCUGCAAUUUCUGGAAUCGGGUCAUGGGACUGGAAUCUAAAGGGAGAUAAUUCUACAUAUCAUGCUUUGUAUCCAAGGGCAUGGACCAUAUAUGAUGGUGAACCUGAUCCAGAACUUAGAAUUGUUUGUCGCCAAAUUUCACCUAUUAUUCCUCAUAACUAUAAAGAAAGCAGCUACCCUGUCUCAGUUUUCACUUUCACGCUCUAUAAUUCUGGGAAGACUACUGCGGAUGUCUCUUUGCUUUUCACUUGGACAAAUUCUGUUGGAGGGAAUUCUGAAUAUUCUGGUCAGCACUUCAAUUCUACAACAAUGAUGGAGGACGGUGUGCAUGCUGUUCUUCUACAUCACAAGACUGCAGAGGGGUUUCCUCCUGUAACAUUUGCUAUUGCUGCACAGGAGACAAAUGAUGUUCAUGUCUCAAAAUGCCCACGCUUUGUAAUAUCAGGGAACUGCCAAGGCAUAACAGCAAAAGACAUGUGGCAUGAAGUGAAAGAGCAUGGAUCCUUUGACAACCUUAAGUCUGCUGGAACAUCAGGGCCUUCAGAACCAGGAUCAUCUAUUGGGGCAGCCAUUGCAGCCUCUGUGACUAUUCCACCAGAUGCAAUACGCAGUGUCACUUUUUCAUUGUCAUGGGACUGCCCUGAAGUAUACUUCAUGGGUGGAAGGACUUAUCACAGGCGUUAUACAAAAUUCUAUAGUACACAUGGCGAUGCUGCUGCAAGAAUUGCACAUGAUGCAAUUCUAGAGCAUGGCCUUUGGGAAUCCCAAAUAGUAGCCUGGCAAAGACCAAUUCUUGAAGACAAAAGGCUUCCUGAAUGGUAUCCUAUCACUCUCUUUAAUGAGCUAUAUUAUCUUAAUUCAGGGGGGACCAUUUGGACAGAUGGAUCACCUCCAUACCAUAAUUUAGUAAGCAUUAGGGGAAGCAAAUUCUCACUUGAUACGUCAGGAGCAGGUUUGAAGAGCAUUAUUGAUGUAACCCAUGAAAAUGAUACUGCAGUUAAUAUUCUUGGCAGGAUGACUUCAGCACUUGAGCAAAUUCAUGCUCAUGUGGCUUCAAACUCUGCUUUUGGAACUAAUUUGCUUCAAGAAGGAGAAGAAAAUAUUGGUCAAUUUCUGUAUCUUGAAGGGAUUGAAUAUCACAUGUGGAACACCUAUGAUGUUCAUUUCUAUUCAUCUUUUGCAUUGGUUAUGCUAUUUCCCAAACUUGAACUCAGUGUUCAAAGAGACUUUGCUGCAGCAGUAAUGAUGCAUGAUCCCAGUAAGAUGCAACUUCUACAUGAUGGACAAUGGGUCUGCAGAAAGGUUCUUGGAGCUGUUCCUCAUGAUAUUGGAAUUAAUGAUCCAUGGUAUGAAGUAAAUGCCUAUAGCCUUUACAAUACUGAUCGAUGGAAAGACUUGAAUCCAAAAUUUGUCCUCCAAGUUUAUAGGGAUGUGGUUGCCACAGGUGACAAGAAGUUUGCAGAAGCAGUUUGGCCCUCAGUUUACAUUGCGAUGGCAUAUAUGGACCAGUUUGACAGGGAUGGUGAUGGGAUGAUUGAGAAUGAUGGCUUUCCUGAUCAGACAUAUGAUACAUGGUCCGUGUCUGGUGUGAGUGCGUAUAGUGGUGGGCUAUGGGUGGCAGCUUUGCAGGCUGCAUCAGCCUUGGCACGAGAAGUUGGUGACAAGGGUUCUGAGGAUUACUUUUGGGCUAGGUUUCAGAAAGCAAAAGAUGUGUAUGAUAAAUUAUGGAAUGGUUCUUACUUCAAUUAUGACAACAGUGGUGGUAGAAAUAGCUCAUCUAUUCAGGCUGAUCAAUUGGCUGGACAAUGGUAUGCACGAGCAUGUGGACUUUUCCCAAUUGUUGACAAAGACAAGGCAAGAAGUGCACUAGAGAAGGUUUAUAACUACAAUGUCUUGAAGGUGAAGGAUGGAAAACGAGGGGCUAUCAAUGGAAUGCUACCGGAUGGAAAAGUUGACCUAUCAUCAAUGCAGUCAAGAGAGAUAUGGUCUGGAGUCACAUAUGCUCUUGCUGCAACAAUGAUUCAGGAAGAUAUGUUGGAUAUGGCUUUUCACACAGCAAGUGGUAUCUAUGAAGCUGCUUGGUCUGAAAGGGGACUCGGGUACUCUUUCCAAACUCCGGAAGCUUGGAACAAUGUUGACCAGUAUAGAUCUCUCUGUUACAUGCGCCCUUUGGCCAUUUGGGCAAUGCAGUGGGCUCUGUCAAGACCAAAACUCGAAAAAGAGGAAAUGGAAAUGGAAGUGAAUGAAGAUUAUCUGCUUCCGCACCACGCUGGAUUCACCAAAGUCGCUCGCUUCCUGAGAUUGCCAGAAGGGGAAGAAUCUCUAGGUCUUCUCCAAUCUUUGUUUAACUAUACUUGCAAGAAGUUGGGUUAUAACUGAUUGCUGUACAUCACAUUUGAAAUUAAUUGUUGUGUAUAAGGAGGGUAUAUCAUUCAAACAUAUGAAUCAGGUUCAUUUGUCAUAAACUCUAUUGAUUUAAGAUUACUCUCUGAACCCUUGAAACCA